AUGUCCUACGCAGAAGCUACAAUCAAAGGUGCCGCCCAACCUGCCACCGAUGACCCUAUCCCCAUUGAUAAUGUAAACAUCGUCAAGGAAGAAGUCGAAGAGGCUGUCAAGGCUGUGGCCGAAGCCGCCGCAGAAGCUGUCGAGGAAGGUGUCAAGUCUGCAGAAACCGCCACCGGUGUUCUUCCUGAAGUUUCUAAACCCCCAGGUCCUUCCAAAGAUGACGACAAAGGAUCUUCUUCCUCUCCAUCUCCCUCUUGUGCUGCUCUCUCUCAAGCUUUCUCAGACUUUGCUGCCUCGGUACACUCAUCUAUUGCUUCAGCCAUUGCUACCAUCAAAAGUAACCCAACAACUGCAACAUAUGUGGCCUCAGCCGUAGCUGCCACUUCCGUUCUGGUACUAGGAAUUGCAAAUACUCACAAGUUCGGACCUCAUACUGUGUUUGGGACCCGUGAGGCUUCUGUUGUGGCUGCUUCACUGGUAGCUGUCGGGGCCGGCCACUAUAUCGUGAUUAACACGAGCAAAAAGCCUAGCAAAUGA